UUCUAGCUGCAUGAUUCAGGUCAGGAUGGCUUGACAUAACCUUAAUCCCAGCCGUACCUGACUUCAACAUACGGAUACCGAGUCGAGACCAGAACACCACGAAACGGCCAUAAUAAAGAUGCGCGUCGUCCAGCCAGGCAGUCAACUAAUCACAAUCUAUUUGACGUGAGGCCAAUACCCACGAUGGGCCGUGUUAUGGCGGUGGCCGGGGAACCAUCGGUUGCGACCCUUCAGGCCUCAGUGCGUGCAUCUCAAAGUCAUUCUUAAAUCGUCUACAGCCUCGAGCAACAUGCUGAGCACAGCCAAUCCCCACGAUCCUACCCGUCACCUUAAAAUUACAGGGUCCUAUCGUAUUCGUCCUCCUGAACGACCGUGCAGUUACUACAAAGUACACAGGUGCUGUUGGCCGACUGCUCCCUCACUUGGUCGAGACUCUUCCAUCCCAGUUCAACGAACUCGAUCGAGUACCUAUGAACAGAGCCCUGUCUUCAAUGUUGCCGAUACAAUGGUCUUGACAUCGACUAGAUUUGUUCGGUCGGCGACUUGAUACCUCAGAGUGAAAGGGUUCUGGCUCCUAAAUUGCCCUAGGUACUGCCAAGUACGCCUUCGAGCUAGUGCUCUGUUCUUCCCGCUUCCUGUCUAUUUUUUGUCUUCGUCCCGGGGCAAAUCUUGACCUAGUGUGGCGAAGACGCACGCUAACCACACUUACAACAAGAUGCAUGGCAAACGAAGGAGUGUAGGAGCCGUCGGAUGUUUUUUU